CUUUAAUGUUUAAAGGGUUACCAGACUUUCUAAAUGAUCAGAACUGUGACUGGUACCCAGACGUGUGUGUUUGUGGUAAUUGUCAUUAGACUGACAACAAGCAGAAGCAUCUAAUCGUAGAGUAGGAAGGAAGGAAUGUUGUAGGCAGAGGUUGAGCUUCAGUUUUCGUCAUUUUGACAGACAGGAUAAAAAAAAGUUAACUGGAAUUACAAGCGCCCAUCCUUCCAUUUGUUAUCUUCCGCUUAUCUGGGGCCAGGUCGCGGUAGCAGCAGCAUAAGCAGGGAGGCCCAGACUUCCCUCUCCCCAGCCCCUUGGGCCAGCUCCUCCGGGGGAAUCCCAAAGCGUUCCCUGCCCAGCUGAGAGACAUAGUCCCUCCAGCGUGUCCUGGGUCACCCGUUAGGUCUUCUCCCAGUUGGACGUGCCCAGAAAACCUCACCAGGGAAGCGUCCUGACCAGAUGCCCGAGCCACCUCAACUGGCUCCUCUCGCUGUGGAGGAGCAGCUGGUCUUCUCCGAGCCCCUCCCGAAUGACCGAGCUUCUCACCCUAUCUCUAAGGGAGCCCAGCCACCCUGCGGAGAAAACUAAUUUCCGCCACUUGUAUCGGCGAUCUGCGAAUGGAUGAAAUUAUGGCGGACUUUGACAAAAUAAAACUUUUAAUGCUAUGUCCUUUGAUGCCUUUUGGUGCUGAUUGGCGACAUCACUCGCUGACAUCAUAGCAAGUCCUGGAAGGGCUGAAUUUGCAUGGAGACACAACGGCUGAGAGAACUAAGUCAUCGGACUUACUUGCAACGUGCUGUUGAGAUUACAGAUGACCCCUCCAGACGGGGAUGUAUGCAACUUGGUUUGGUAUUUAGUUUUUUUUUUGUACAUAGAUGCCAGCGAUGUCUCGGGACUGACCUGGUACUUGACUUGGACUGAGAGAGUCGCAUCAAUCAGGCUUUGAGACGGAGUGGUAUCUCUUCAGUAGUGUGUGUGUGUGUGUGUGUGUUCAGUGAUAGCUCUGCCGCAGAUGAACUACAGCAGACAGAUGAUCAGAGAUUAGCCUCCUCCACUGAAACACCUGAUAAGGUUCCUCUGGGUUGAAGAGGUUACCAUGGAGAAGACCGCUUCCUCCUACGGUGGUUAUUCCUGGCUGAUCACCAAGCAACCUUUUUUUCUUCUUUCCAGGCUGAAAUUCCAGAUGUGCGUCCACAGAGAGAAUGAUAAAGAGAAAGGCAGCAAUUCAGAAAGGAAGUUCAGGUGCCGGGCCGACUCUGGCGAUCUGCGGCAACAUCACGGCGGCCCUAGGGGAGGAAGUGCACCUCGGCUGUAGGUAUCUGGGUGAGAAUCAGAUCAAGAGUGCUCAUUGGAAACGUCAGAUUUCUAAGGGUGUCAUCAAGCGACUGGCUGGGUUUAGUCACGGAAGACCCUACAGCCGCUCCGACCUCUCAGUGCCGGCCUCUCCUACCGACUUCACUGUCAGCAUGAACGUGUCCAGCGUGGAAGCGGAGGGAAUGUACCACUGUGAGUUUGAGGAAGAAGACGAGAGUUUUUUUGAUUUCAUGUUUGUUAUUGUUAUAGUUCAGCCGGACGUACAGGUAACGGUGAACGCAGAGACCAUCAGCGACACUCACUACCAGUCUGUGUCCUGCUCUGCUGUUGGAGGCAAGCCUGACCCUCGCAUCAGCUGGCUGGUCGGCGGCCGUCCUCCCUCAGAUGACUUCUUCACCGUUAAGUCGAGGAAAACGCUUCACUCCAACGGCACCUCCACACUGAGCAGCGUCCUCCGCUUCCCCACCCACCUGCAGGACCAGGAGCAUGUGACCUGUGUGGUCCAACACCCAACCCUCCCAACCCCCAGGCUCACCGCAGCGAGGGUGGAGACGUUCACGAGGCCAGUUGUGAACGCUACAGCAGAGAUGCUAGAGAAAGCAGGAAACGAUUUCUGGGUGGUCUCAUGCAUUUCAUCCGGAGGAAGACCCGACACCGACAUCUCUUUGGCUUUGAACGUGACUGAAGAGCUGCAGAGGGAGAAGGAGUCAGACUCAAACACACAAAGGCUCUCCAUCCGUCUCCCGGCUGCAGAAUACGAAGGCCGCAGCGUCGCCUGUUUGUUCAAACACCCCAAAUUUCAUUACGCGGAGUCACGAGUCAUAGCACUGCCCACUUUUUACUUAUUUGGAGAAACUGAAAGUGAGUCUGUAGAGCUGGUGGAAGGAGAGAGGAGAGUUAUCAGCCUGCAGGUCAGAGGAAAUGUGCCGCGUUACCAAGUUACCUGCAGAAAAGAAAAUGGAACCUUGCCUGAGGAGGUGCAGCUGGUUGACAGAAGCCUGGUGUUUCAGGUAAACCAGCAGCACCGGGGUUUGUAUGAAUGUGAUUUCUCCUAUCGUCACCUUAAAACAACGCUGAGGUUCAACGCCACCGUCCUCCCUCGAGCUCCACAGAUGGCCGCUCCCGCGAUCAGAGUCCAUGAUGAAGUGGAAGGUGGACGCUGGGUGAUGGAGUGCCUGGCGUCAGGUGCUGUUCCUGCAGCCAGCGUGUCCUGGUUGCUACCAGAGGGGAUUUCUGCAGACUUCCUGUUCAACUCCACUUCUUCUAAUGGAAGCCACUCCAUCAGAGGAGUGGUGCUCCUCCCUGCCUGCUCACCUCAGGAACUCACAGCACUGUGUGUGAUAAAUCACCCCGCGCUUGUGGAACCACAGAAAAGAAGCAGGACGCUCCCUCCUUGUGCUCGCCCGAACGUCACCCUCAGGGUGGACACCGUGUGGAGAGGUGGUCACAAGUACAAGAUGGCGCUCUGCUCUGCGGUCGGCGUCCGCUCCGCUGCAGAGAUCAGCUGGCACUUUGGAAACAACAACAUCGGUGCCAUGACAGAAACCGAAGUCCUGUCCGAGGGUUUGGUAUCGACCCGGAGCUCGGUGCAUUUCCUGUCCUCGCUUUACGCCGGACAGAAUUUGACGUGCACGGUGAGACACCCGAGCCUGGAGACUCCAGAGGAAAGAACAAUAAACAUCCCCGUGCACAAACCCCCUCAGCUCAGCGUGGCCGUGGCGAGACAGCAGGACUCCCCUCUCUGGCUGGCGGUGUGUGACCUCGAAGAGGAGGGUGCGGGGACAAACCUGGCGUGGGUCCUUCCUGAAAACGCCAGCGGUGAAACAUCCCUGCUCUCACAGAGCGAAGGGCAUGUGACGAACGCCAGGCUGACGUAUCGGUUUCCUCUGGCUGCUCUCGAGGGCCGGGACCUUACCUGCGUCCACCGGUUAGGCGAGGGGGUCACGGAGAAGAGGACCGUCCAAAUCCCCAAAUACUAUAUCUCCUCCGUGAGAGUCCUGAACCGCACGACUCCUCUGCAGAGCCGCUACGGUCAUCAGACCAACACUUACAGAGUAUCGGUCCAGCAGAACCAACACAACCCAAAGAUUCUGCUCCGGGUCGAAGGAAACGUGCCAGAGUUCAACCUGGACUGUCGAAGGAGCGAUGGUUCAGCGGUCCAGCUGGACGGAGCGGUGAUGCUCCUCCAGUCGGAUCUCUUGGGUCAGAUCAAAGGCCUCUACACCUGUACGGCGUCGUUUUACCACCACAGAGCCUCCGUCAGCGUCCAGGUGGAGCUAACGAGCGUGGACGAGCAGCUUUUUCUGGUUGCCAUCGUCUGCGUCUCCUCUGCCUCAGCCGUCCUCCUCGUCCUUGUCGUCAUCCUGUGCGUGUGCUGCAGCAAAAGAAAGAAGAAAACACCCCAAAAGCAGCGAGAGUCUGUGUCGGCGCUGACCAGUCUGAUGCAGGAAUCCGGUUCUCCUGGGGUGAGGAAGCCGGGAUCGGAGGACAGCGAGAAGUACGCUCCGCUGACCUGCUUCUCCAUAGUCGUUGAUGUCAAGAGCACGGUGUAACACGUGCAAAGGAUCGAAUGUGUGUAUUUAGCUGUAAACGGCUUAAUGUGCACCAUGAAGACGUACUGAAACAGCAGCAGCUUAGAAAAUGUAGCAAAUGAGAUAAAACUGUACUGAGUUUGCACUUGUAGCCUUACUUGAAUUUUGCAUCAUUUUAUGCACGUAUACUAGGGUUGGGCAUCGUUUGAUUUUGAAUGAUUCCAAUUCCUCGUUUCGAUUCCGGUUCCUAUCGAUUCCCGAUUCCGGUUCUUUCAAGACAUGACAUGUUUUACACGAGCCAGCUAACCACAGGUCCUCCUGGAUGAAAUAAUCUUAACUUCAACAUGAAUUUUAAUUCUAUGAACAACAACGUCACCUUCAUUUAGACAGAAACAUGUUUUGGGGAGAAAAAGAAAGACUUGCAGCACAACCAGUGUGUUUGUUUCUGACCACAACCAAAGUCUGGAAGCAGCCUCUGGGAUGAGAGACUAAAUGUCUCCAACAUAUCCAGAAACGUGCAGCUGUUUCCAGCUAAAACUCUCAGGAUGAUCAUGUCCAGGAUGACUGAGAACUACACGUCCAUGCUGCAGCAGCAUUCAGUCACAACAGGAACUUAAAUGUAGCUGCUGUCAGUAACAAUCUUAACAGAUUUUAAACAUUAAAACUCUUCUGACGCUCCGUGUGUUUUUAUUUCUGCAGUGAGACAAACUCACCUCACACCGUCCAGAGUUUGUUCUUUAAGCUUCUAUUAAAUCCACCGUGUUGACGUAUUUAACACGUUUCCUCUACGCUGCAGGAGUUAACGUUUACAUUACGGCGUAAAAGUUCGGCAGACGCGUUUGUUUAUAUCCGGGUGGGGGGAGGGGGGACUCGUGCUGCACACAGACAGCUGGUGUGAUCAGCUCUGAAAAGCGUUGAUCACAAUUUGCAGAUCACGUUUAUUUUUCACGGAGAUCGGCCGCGGAUUCCUCUUCCGUCGGCAUUCUAGGAGUCGAAAUAAAAUACGUUGAGCGAUUCAAGGGAAAAAUGAACUGUUGGAACCGGUUCCAAUCGAUACUCGGUUCUCGAUGCCUAAAAUGUGUCAAACUUUCUUAUGAGUCUUCUCACUGUCAUCACUUCCUGUUCAAAUAUGGUCCUAAAUUCAAAAAUCUUAAUAAAAUGUACAUUUUUGUAAUGAAAAAAUACUGAAGUGACUCCUCUACGGCGAUUAAAAUGCUAACCCAUUUGGAUAAUUCAUUUAGUUGAUAUCCAACCAGAACGUGGACGUCAAAUCACACGUACAGGAUCAAACACUUAAAAGGGGCAUUGUGAAAGUGUGACAGCCAAAACAUGUAUAGAAAUAAUAAAUGUCUUCUUCAUACAUUCUCCUGCAAUGUCCUGGUCCUGUAGAAUGAGCCCUGGCAUUUUUACUGUGAUUGCCUGUUUUUCUGUAAAAUCACAGAAAAAGAGAGACGCUCGGGUCGAGCAGGCUGCUUCAUGCGCGUUCACACUCAGGCAUCGCCCGUAGCGUUUGCUAUCCGUAGCUUUAGCAGCAGAGAGAGAGGCAGUGCCACUUUGUCGCUGUUCCUAACGCCUAGUGACAAAGCUAGCUACAUUUCUGAGGACCCUUAGCUACUUUCUGUAGAACUUUCUUCUAGAUAUUUCCAGCAAAUUAGCAACAAAAUAGCCAUUUUCACUCCGAACCGUUCUUUGAAUGUUGUUUCAGCUGUCAUCAAGGAUAUAAAUGUUACAGAUACUAAAGAUGUCACUGGUGCUUUAGCUUACCUAGUAAGACGUCAGACUCUUGUGCAGAAGACCUGGGUUUGAUUCUGGAUGUGAACAUAGUUCAUUUAGUUUCUUUUUUACAUUAAUGGUAUAUUUUUUUACAGUAAGAUGCCCAAAUUUUUAUUUGAGACUCGCCGAACGGCAUUGAAUUCACAGAUAAAAAAGAUGUGGGUUCAACUUUCAUUUUGGAACAAUUUUUCAAGCAAGGGAAGGGAAUGAUCUGAGCAUGCAGGAGGACUGACCCAUCAUAAACCUUUGUCGGCUGUGCUGAAGAGAAAGGUACAGAACCAAGUUAUUUAAUUAAUUAGCUGCACGUUCUCCUGUCCUCUGUCCUCCGGGCCACACACACACACACACACACACACACACACACACACACACGGGACUGUCUCAGCUGUUAUUU